AUGAGGGAGGGGGGCGGCUCGGACGGACCGUGGCACCGCCCGGGUUGGGAGCUCUUGACCCGCUCCCGGCCGGCGGGCCGGUGUCCAUCUGUGGGGGUCGCGCCGGCGCCGGGACGGCGGGCUGUGGCGGGGGCUUUGGGUGUGCGGUGUGGUGGGCUCGCCCUGUGCCCGUCCCACCUGAAGUGCCCGCAGUCUGCGUGGGGUGACUGGCGGAGCCUCGCCUCGCCUCCCCGGCACAUUCCCCAGCACGAGUGCCGUCCGACUGCUGAGCUCCCGCCGGGGUCGGGAGUGGUGGCGGGGGGAGCAGUCGGCGGCUCCCCGAGAGACGUUCGGGCUCUGCCGUGCCUGGCUCCCGCUGGCCCGCGUUACCGGGGUCUGAAUCAGAGUGAUGAGUCUUGGAACUACCUUUCAGUGGAAGAGAAGGAAUGCUUAAUGUUUCUUGAAGAGACAAUUGAUUCCUUGAAUAUUGAAGAAUUAGAACAAAGUGAAACAGUGUCAACUGAAAAUGGGAACCAGUCAGAGAAACUCUCCCCACCUCACCCUGAAAACCCACAUUUCCCAACUGCAGAACCUGCUGGAAAAUUCCCACGGGCAGUUUCACCGCUCAGCAAGGAUAGCAUUGAUUCCCCAUCCCCGCAGGUGGUGCAGAUGAAAUCUGGAUCAAAUACUCUUCCCAAGUAUGACUUGAAGCCCAGCAGUGAGAGUGUUAGUUCAGAAUCCAGCACUGGAGAAACAAGACACAGAUCUCUCACUACACCAGCUGAUCUGUUGGUGGAAUCCAAGGAUGAGAAGGUAAAGUUGGGCCCUCCCACUGCUCCUAAACCUGGGAAACUGCCCCCCAACAUCAUCUUAAGAAGCUCCCACAAGAACCUUGACCUUGUGUCACAUCCCCAGAGUAUCUUUAAGGCAUCAAAAGAUGGUCUGCGAAGCAAUGGGGCAUCCAAGGAAGGCAGCAGUGAGGGAGAGGCACAACAAGUCCGGAUGGAAGCUUUGGCCAAGCUGGGAUUGUUGUCACAGACGGACAGGGUGAGGAGGAACAGUUCAGAUACCCUGAAAGCAUCCAAUAGUCAGCUGGGCACAGGAGGCAGUGAGAAGAGAACCAACCACCCUGAAGGGGAGGUGCAGCAGGACAGGUUUCGUGGCCCCAAAGGUCCAGGUGUUGAUGCUAACCAUUCAGUUGCCAGUGCUGCUGGUCCUGACGUAAGCAUCGCUACUGAUAAACCAGUGCGCGUGGCUCCUGGUGAUGCAGACAAGCUUCAGUGGCAGCUUCCAGCCACAAAAUCAAGCAGCUUGAAGAGGUUUAGUGUCCCUGGUGAGAACGUUCCACCCACCUCUCACUACACGGCAGCCAACAUCGCCCUUAAUGCCGGCACCAGCAAGACGUUGCCGAGUGUCAAAAGAUCCAUAAAUUUAAAUGAAGGCCACGUGAGAAAUGUCAGCUUGCCGCCCUGGCCACUGGGCUCUAGUAAAGCUAACAGCCUGAGGCGGUUUGGUUCUUCUGGUGACAACAUCCAGCUGGCCUCACACUCCGGCCUGGUUCCAAACACUUCCAUCACUGAUGCUGCUGGACUGAACAAGCAGUCUAAGCCAAGGCCCAUGUCGAUCUGCUCAGAGGCAGAUCUGUCUGCCAGGCAUGGAACUCCUGUGGAACAAUUGCUGCCUGAGAAACCAGCUGGGAAAUUUUUCCCGAUAAAAAUACGUCACAUCUCAGCCAAACCUCACAAAUCACCGCCCAAGGGAAUUAACGUGCAAGUGUUGCCACAUGGCCCAACCAGUAAGGACCACAAAGAGGCUUUGAGAAAACUUGGUCUUCUGAAAGAGUAGAAGAAUGCCUUGGGGAAUGGCAGGUAUUUCAUAGACUUGAUAUGUACCUACAACAUUAAGGCAAUUCGGUUAAUGUGCUUGGAGGAAACUUGUGCAACUGCCACACUGCAAAAGCCAUAAUGAACUUUGGGAAACCUCUAGCAUGGGAUUGGCUGCAGAAUGGGUUAUGAUACUGAUGUGAAACGUCAGUUUAAUUUUUCUUGGAUUUAAUUAAAUAUACUGCUGCUGGAGUGCCAUUUUGGUACAUUACUCGCUGAUUAACCUUGCUUGGUUUGAGAGGUUGGUGCCACAUGCCUGGUGCACAAUAAAAGUCACGUCUGCCUCAUUGGCCCAUCCCAUCACACCUGUGGGAGCUGUGAAUGGUCAGUCACUGCCUGGAGGUUCUUCAUCUUGUCCAACCAUGAUGUUAUUGGGAGUGAAUCUGUUGUCCUGACAAGUCUCCUGUCUGAACUUGCAAUAGCAAUGCUUCCAAAGGAAUUCUCUUAAACUGAUGGUGGAAAAUUCUGGAAGUACUCAGCAGGUCAGGCAGCAAAAGUGAGAAGAGAAACAUUAAAAUUUCAGGUAGAAGAUCAUUCAUCAGAAUUUGUUAUUGAAAAUAUUUUUAAUUAUACUUUAAAAAUAUAACACUGAAUUAAACAGCUGUUCAUACACAUUGGUAUCUUGUGAAAGGAAUUUAAGCUAAACCCAUAUUGUGAUGUUACCAGCUUCAUUUUACAAUGUUUUAUUUAAUGCCAUGCCACAACAAACCUAUUUAAGUUGGCUCUGAUUCUAGUCAGUGACUCUUAUAAAUGUCAAACUUGGUGUAUAAUGAAACUUCCUCAUCGUUCUUGUUCAGUUGUAUUGAGAAUUAUUCCCACCACAGAUGUUAAGUUUGGUCACAAAACAACCUGGAGCUUGUGUUAAACUCAAGUAUAUUUUAAAACUGCUCAUUGAUUUAGAUCACGUUUAUAUUGCUAAUAAACUUUUUCCGAUGGUAUGUU